AUAAACAGUGAGAUGUGAUGCUUCGACGUCUUCAAUAAGAAAAUUCCAACUCUGGCGCGAUGUUGUUUUGAAUAUUGUGUUUCUGCAUAAAGUCACGUAACACCGAAAUGAUUUCUUAUCGUUUCUUUGAUUUGGUUUAUUUUACUGGAUGUAUUAUUUUUCCAUCGAGUAUGUCUUCUGUUUAGUAUGGCUAGGUACUUCAUUCUACAAGUGUAAUUGAGAACUCGACACUCGUCGAUAUCAUAGCGAAAAUCAUACCUAUAACUAUAGAUUCGGUUUUCCUUAGAAACAGUGAUAGCCUAACAAUGAGUAAUUACAGUUUUCUUUCAAUUUUCGCGUUCAUUUUGGCGUUGUAUGUUUCAACAGGAAACGCUGGUGACAUAGAAUGUUACAAGUGUCGACAUUCUACUCGCAAACCAAAUCCAUCCUGUAUAAAUGUGAACCGUUGGAAAACUGCUACAGAAACGUUUUCUUCGAGUUGGUAUGAGGUUGGUUGGAAUGCAUGCAUAACAACCGAGACGAGAAACAAAGAUGGUUCAUAUUCUGUGAAACGGAAGGGGGUUGUUGUACUCAAUGGAAAUAAAUAUUGUGCAGAUGGUGCGUGGGCUGUAGCAACUGAAGAUAGAGAAUUAACAGUUUGCGACAUUUGUUAUGAAAAUUAUUGCAAUUAUGGAUCAGUUAAUGCACCACUGCCACCGCCCAAGCCCCCAAAAACACCAUCAACUACAACUACCUCUUCACCUCCAACUACAUUGUCACCUCCAACUACGUUGUCACCUCCAACCACAUCAUCAUCUCCAACCACAUCGUCAUCUCCAACCAUGUCGUCAUCCCCAACCACAUCAGCAUCCCUAACCACAUCAUCAUCCCCAACCAUGUCUGCAUCCCCAGGCACAUCAUCAUCGGCAUCUCCAACCACUUUGUCAUCUGCAACCACAAUGUCAUCUCCAACCAUGUCAUCCCCAACCAUGUCAUCUCCAACCUUGUCAUCUCCAACCACAUUGUCAUCUCCAACCACGUCGUCAUCUCCAACCACGUUGUCAUCUCCAACCACGUUGUCAUCCCCAACCACAUCAGCAUCCCUAACCACAUCAUCAUCCCCAACCAUGUCUGCAUCCCCAGGCACGUCAUCAUCGGCAUCUCCAACCACUUUGUCAUCUGCAACCACAAUGUCAUCUCCAACCAUGUCAUCCCCAACCAUGUCAUCUCCAACCACGUCGUCAUCUCCAACCACGUCGUCAUCUCCAACCACGUCGUCAUCUCCAACCACGUCGUCAUCUCCAACCACGUCGUCAUCUCCAACCACGUUGUCAUCUCCAACCACAUUGUCAUCUCCAACCAUGUCAUCAUCCCCAACCACAUCGGCAUCCCUAACCACGUCAUCAUCCCCAACCACAUUGUCAUCGGCAUCCCCAACCACGUUGUCAUCUGCCACCACUUCGUCAUCUCCUACCACAAUCUCAUCUCCUAAGAGGUCAACUCCAACCACGUCAUCUCCAACCACAUCAUCAUCUCCAACCACGUCGUCAUCUCCAACCAUGUCAUCAUCUCCAACCACGUUGUCAUCUCCAACCAUGUUGUCACCCCCAAUCACAUCGGCAUCCCCAACCACAUACUCAUCCCCAACCACAUCAACAUUGUCAUCUCCAACCACAUCGUCAUCUGCAUCCCCAACCACAUUGUCACCCAUGUCAUCAUCUCCAACCACAUCAUCAUCUCAAACCACAUCAUCAUCUCCAACUAUGUUGUCAUCCCUAACCACAUCAUCAUCCCCAACCAUGUCUGCAUCCCCAACCAUGUCUGCAUCCGCAGGCACGUCAUCAUCGGCAUCUCCAACCACUUUGUCAUCUCCAACCACAAUGUCAUCUCCAACCACAAUGUCAUCUCCAUCCAUGUCAUCUCCAACCUUGUCAUCUCCAACCACAUCGUCAUCUCCAACCACGUCGUCAUCUCCAACCACGUUGUCAUCUCCAACCACGUUGUCAUCUCCAACCACGUUGUCAUCUCCAACCAUGACGUCAUCCCCAACCAUGACGUCAUCCCCAACCACAUCGGCAUCCCUAACCACAUCAUCAUCCCCAACCACAUUGUCAUCUCCUAAGAGGUCAUCUCCAACCACAUCGUCAUCUCCAACCACAUCAUCAUCUCCAACUAUGUUGUCAUCCCCAACCACAUCAGCACCCCCAACCACAUCAUCAUCUCCAACCACAUUGUCAUCCUCAACCACGCUGUCAUCUCCAACCACGCUGUCAUCUCCAACUACAUUGUCAUCUCCAACCAUGUCAUCAUUGGCAUCCACAACAACAUCGUCAUUGGCAGACCCAACCAAGUCAUCAUCCACAUCAUCAUCUCCAACCACCUUGUCAUUGGCAUCCCCAACCACAUCGUCAUCCUCGUCAUCAUCUCCAACCACAUCGUCAUCUCCAACCACAUCAACAUCCUCGUCAUCAUCUCCAACCACAUCGUCAUCUCCAACCACAUUGUCAUCUCCAACCACGUUGUCAUCUCCAACCAUGUUGUCAUCCCCAACCACAUCGGCAUCCCCAAUCACAUCAACAUCCACAUCGUCAUCUGCAUCCCCAACCACAUUGUCACCCAUGUCAUCAUCUCCAACCACAUCAUCAUCUCCAACUCCAACUAUGUUGUCAGCCCCAACCACAUUGUCAUCUCCAUCCACAUUGUCAUCUGCAACCACAUCAGCAUCCCCAAUCAUAUCAUCAUCUCCAACCACAUUGCCAUCCGCAUUGUCAUCUCCAACCACGUUGUCAUUGGCAUCCAAAACCACGUUGUCAUUGGCAUCCAAAACCCCAUCAUCAUCUCCAACCACAUUGUCAUUGGCAUCCCCAACCACAUCGUCAUCCUCGUCAUCAUCUCCAACCACAUUGUCAUCUCCAACCACAUUGUCAUCUCCAACCACAUCAUCACCUCUAAAGAAAAAAAGGCAUUUUGUACUAUGGCCUUGGCCUUGAUGGCACUGACACAAGGAAAACAAGUAACAGUUUGCAACAUUUGUUAUUAUGAUUAUUGCAAUGUUGGUGCAGUUUACACAUGAUGGUGGCCACAGCCUCUCAUUAGCACAAAUGGAAUUGAUUCUACUCUGGGUUAACCUAACUGGUGUAUUGAUAAUCAAUUGAUAAGGAAAGGAAACACUUUGAUAAUAUUUUAAUAAUAUUAAUUAGGUAAUUAAGUUCACUUAUAUUAGGUAUGUACUUACAAAUUAAUAAAAUUAUAACAAUUUUGACUAUUCACUGGUAAAAAAUACAAUACAAUUAUGAAAA